UUAUCUUUUUUCAGUGCAUUUUAAAAAAUGGUAGCUCGUGCUAAAUCGGGUUCUCCACCUAUUAAAAUUAUGAAAAAGAGUGAAAUUCAAUCUUCAAGUAAUUUUGUGGAAGAAACUGCGUUUGGCGAAAAUUUACAAAUUGGGUGUUUUGAUGAUACUUUCAAAAAAUUCUUCGCUUAUUCUGAUAGUGAUGUUAUUUAUUUUGAUGUUGAUAGCGGUGAAAGAAUACGAGUUUACAGGCAUAAUGGUUCUAUUGUUAUUGGUGUCUACUUUCAGGAUAAUUUGUUAUUAUCCUUUACUAAUUCACCACAUUAUUUUCUCUGGAAUGUGGAUACUGGGGAUCAAAUAGCUUCAAUUAACAUCCAACUUCCUUCUGAUCAAUUAGCUCUCUGGACGUAUAAUUUUGAUGGGAAAUAUUUUAUUCUUGCUCAAAGUAUAGAAAAUAAGAAAAAAUCACAAGUGAAAACGACGAGUUCUGUCAAUGAAAAUCAAGAAUCUUCCCUUUUCGAAAUUCUUCAGCUCAACACAACUCAAAAUUCUUCUCAAAAAUCAAAAGUUUCAACUCGUCUGGUUGCUCAACUAGAAAACACUCCUCCUUCAAAAGCUCAUUUAGCUGUUUAUUCUGGAUUUUUUGUAAAAUGUGAAAAAAGAAUUGUAAAAAUUUAUGCUUUUGGCGAGGAUGAUGAGGAAGAAAAUGAAGAUGAAAAUUUGGCAAAUGGUACAAAUGAAGAUGAAGAAAUGGAGGAGGAUGUAAAACGAGGUUCAAAUUCGGCUGUGAAAUUGCCUAAACGUCGUGAGUACCAUAUUGAUGCUAAAUUCGAUGUUGUUGAUCAAAACCUUGUUGAAUUUAAAGAAGUUGUUAUUGCUGGAAAUUCGUUGUAUGCUGUGUUGAAUAUUGGACGUGUUUAUUGCUGGACCGAUUUUACAACGAGAGGCUUGUCAACUUUCAAUCUUUCUCAUUUUACUUUGUCUGGGUAUGAACCAACAAUUUGUGUUUCGGAUAUUGGAACUUCAUUUAUAGGCUUUGGAAAUACACAACUUUACAAAUACAAUUUAACUGCUUCGAGUGGUGUUGGCAGAUGGAUUUCACAUGAACAUUUAUUACUUGAAUCACCACCGCGUUCUUUGCUGCUUUGUGGUGAUUUUACUAAAAUGGCUGUUUUGCUGAGGGAUAACACUCUUUGUUUUAUUAGUACGUCGCAAAUGCAAUUAAUUUCACGUGCAGAGGUUUUACACGUUUUGUGUCUUCCUGAACAAUACAAUACUGAAAAUUAUCGUUUUUCAAUUACUAAUGAUCCGGCAUUGGAAAACGAAUUAUUAUUUGUUGCAAAUGCACGGCUUGGUCAUAUUCAAUGGAUUGACCCUCUUUGUUGGCAAACUACUCGUAUUUUGGACAUUGCUGAAGAAAAUGGCCCUCCACCACAAGAUACUUUUAAUAUGCCUAAAUUUCAAUGGUUAAAUACUUAUUUGGUUUGUUUAAGUAUGCAAAUGCUUGUUAGUUGUGAAUCUAGUCGAGAUAAUACUGAAAAGGUUUUCGUUUUAAAUUUUAUUUUUUUGUUAUUUUCUGUUAUUUUGCCUUUAACGGGGCUAAAAUUGUGUUUAGCUUCUCCAGACAUGUCGCCAGGCUGA